AUGUCCGGUGACAAGACCCCUACUCCUAGUAUCCCUCCAACGCCCGAGGACGCUGGUGCCGGUGUACCCGCUGGCCAGAAGGGAUCCUGGACGGCCUUCAUCAAGGCGAUCGCGUCCUUCUCAGGGGAUCUCUCGUCUUUAACAGCGCCGCCAUUUAUCCUGUCGCCCAUCUCGCUCACAGAGUUCCCGGCGUACUGGUGCGAGCGGCCAGAAUUAUUCUCCGCCAUUGCAGAUGCACCCGGACCCGAGGAACGUUCGCUCGCUGUGCUCAAGUGGUUCAUCGGCACGCUCAAGGACCAAUAUACGAGUCGUAAUGAGAGCAUGGGCUCUGAGAAGAAGCCCUUGAAUCCCGUCCUCGGCGAGCUAUUCUACGGCUACUGGCCAGACAAAGACGGCCGCGGUCAAACCGACCUCGUCGUCGAGCAAGUAUCCCACCACCCGCCCAUCACGGCUUACCACAUCGUAAACAAGACCAAAGGGCUAACCCUAACCGGUCACAGUGCGCAGAAAACGAGCUUUUCUGCGGGUAGCAUCAUUGUCAAGCAGAUCGGCCACGCGGUUUUGACCGUCGCGCUUCCUGGAGGCAAGGAGGAGAAGUACCUCAUCACGCUGCCGAGGCUACGGAUCGACGGUAUCUGGUACGGAAGCCCGUACAUCGAGCUUACCGACACGUCGUACAUCCAGAGCUCGACCGGUUGGACGUCCACGAUUGAGUACAAGGGCCGUGGCUACUUCUCCGGCAAGACUCAUCAGUUCAAGGCCUCCGUAGCGAAGUCUGGCGCAUGGUCCGCAACGCACACCAUCGACGGUCUCUGGCACACCUCGUCCAAGUUCAGCACCGGCCAGGGCUUCCACGACAUCUCUACGCAGCCCAAGGAGGAGGUCAUUGUUGCGCCGCUCGACUCGCAGAACGACUGGGAGUCCCGUAAGCUGUGGCGCGCCGUCGCGAAGGGCAUUCGUGAUGGCGACUUCGACACUGCUUCUCGGGAGAAGAGCAAGAUCGAGAACGACCAGCGUCAGCGUAGGCGCGACGAGACGGCGGCGGGUAGCAAAUGGGAGUUGAAGCACUUCAAGCACAUAGACUCGGAUCCGAUCUACGAGAAGCUUGUCAAGCAGUUCAAGGGUACACCUCCAACGGAGGACUUCUACGAGUUCCUCGGCAACGCCCCGACGCUCGGGCCUGCUGCAUAG